CUAAUGCAGAGGAAGAUCGUCUUAGCAUCAAAAAACUAUAAGAUACUUUAUGACAUGGAAUCCAACAGAGUAGUAAUACAUUUAUUCCACUGUCCACCUCUCUCUGAUGAUGUUAAAGUUCAGUUUUUCUCCUCUUCUAAUCUUCCUAAAUGCUACGACAAUUGUGCAUUCUUCUUUUGGUUCCACACAUCUUUCAUAAAAAAGAACAGGCUUUAUCUACCAAGAGAGCAACUGGAUAACCCACACAAACCAAGAACAUGGAGUGUUUACCAGCCAAACUUUGCGGUUGAAGUAUAUUUUGAGGACGUCUGAUGCAAAGUUAUAUUCUAUGGAUUAUAUUUUAGUUAAA